CAAAACAGAACUUUCUCCACGAUGAGAAAACAUUUGAUUUAUUUGACUCUGUUUGUCUUUAUUUGGGGGUUUUCUGUGCAGAAUGCUUGGUGAGGAUGUCUGCACGGACCCUGCAGGAGCUGGUGUCCGCGGCAGCCUCGCUGCACCCUGACCGGGUGGCUGUCACCUUCGCCGGCGACUCUCAGCCCGGGAUCCCCGUGUCUCUGUCCUACCGACAACUGGACGAACUCUCCGGAGAACUCUCUAAAUCUCUGCUCGACAACUGCUCUCAAAGCGGGGGAGGGAUCGGGCUGUACUGCGGGGAGGAUGUGCUCACGCCUGUGUGGAUCCUGGGGAUCCUGCAGUCUGAUGCUGCUUAUGUUCCACUGGACCCAGAAGCUGAUGGAAACCUCUAUGCCACAGUCAGAAAUCUCAAGUACUGCGCUGUGGCGUCUCACCUGCUGCAGCAAUUUAAGACGGCUCUCUUCAAUCACGUGACAGUGGACGUUUUCUUGGAGUUGCCAAAGUUCAAACUGACCCUGGUGCGAAUCAAACGGCUGCAGCAGGGCCAGAACAACCCGGGGCAACCGAAACCAACCGGAGAUCUGGCAGGAGGCAGCCGCAGCACUGAGCUGGAAAAGGGCUUCAAGCACAGAGACUUGGCAUAUGUGCUGCACACAUCUGGAACGACUGGUUUUCCAAAAACCGUGAGAGUCCCACACAAGUGCAUUCUUCCCAACAUUUUACAUUUGAGGUCUUUGUUUCAGAUGAGUGCAGAUGAUGUGGUUUUCCUCGCCUCCCCUUUAACCUUUGACCCCUCCGUGGUGGACAUCUUCCUGGCUCUGUCGUCCGGCGCUCGGCUCCUUAUCGUUCCCGCUGUAAUCAAGAAGAUGCCCAAUAAACUGGCUCAGCUCCUGUUCAAAGAUCACAAGACCUCUGUCCUCCAGGUCACGCCCACUCUGCUGCUGCGCUUCGGUCAUCGAGUCCUGAAAGAGGUGGUGCUGUCCUCCGGCUCCUCGCUGCGAGUGCUGGCCCUGGGUGGAGAAGUCUGCCCGUCACCCGCCCUGCUGAGAAGCUGGAGACACCAGGACAAUGAAACCCACAUUUACAACAUCUACGGGGUCACUGAAGUUUCCUGCUGGGCCUCCUGCUACAGAAUCCCACCGUCUCUGCUGAGCUCCAGCAGCAGUAGAUUGUCUUCUGUGCCUCUUGGGACGCCGCUGACGGACACAGUGGUGGAGGUGAGAGGCGAAGACGGCUGCCUGGUGACAGACGGCGAAGGACAGGUGUUCAUAGGUGGAGAGGACAGAGUGUGUCUCCUGGGUGAUGAGGACAAGCUCGUCCCCGGGACGAUGAGAGCCACCGGCGACUGGGUGAAGGUGGAGGACGCACACAUGUUCUACCUCGGUCGGAGGGACAGGAUGAUCAAACGCCACGGAAAACGAGUGAACCUGGACGGCGUGCAGCAAGUGAUGCUCAGUCUGCCGCAGGUGGAGUCCUGUGCUGUAGCUCUGCACCGAGGCUUUCGACUGAUCGCCUUCGUGGUCGCAGCUCCCAUCUCCUCCAGGCAGCAGCGUGCAGAAGCUGACCAGGAGAACCUUCCCUCCUCCGGCAGACACCACCUGGAGGAGGCGGGCGCAGCAGAAGACCACCUGAAGGAGGUCAUGGUGAGGCAGCUGUCUGCUCUGCUGCCGUCGCACAGCGUUCCUGACGUGCUGCUUCUGGUUCCGGCCUUGAGCCUGAAUCCUCACGGCAAAGUCGACUUGAAGGCGCUCAUGGAAAUCUAUGAAAGAGAAAGAUGGACUCCAGAGGCUUCUCCAGGAGACGCCGGCGAGCUCAAGCAGCGUCUUCAGGCUUUGUGGCAGAAGACUUUGGGUCUGCCUGGAGAGGCGAGCGUUAACGAAGAGUCCAACUUCCUGUUCAGUGGAGGAGAUUCUCUGAAGGCACUCAGCCUCACCGACGACAUCUUCACCGCUUUUGGAGCGAGCUCACCUCACAUUCUGGAAGUUAUCCUGGACGGGACCUUCUCUGACGUCCUGCGUCUCGUCACCGGAGUGACUCGACGUGAGAAUUCGUCGCCGUCUGAGCCGAGAAAACGACCUGCUGAUCCUCUGUCUGCGACCCGGACGAAAAGAGAGCGCAGAGACUCGACUGAAACCCAGAAACUGGGUUUUAAAGUCGUAAGACGAGCCGGCGAUAUGAUGGAAUUCAACAUCCGGGAGGGUGAAGUGAAUUCAAACGUGCAUCCUGAAACAGCGAGAACAGGAAAUUCCAGCAUGGGUCUCAGUCUCAGCUGGUCCUCGGACACAGGCAAAUGUGUGGACGCCUCCCCGGUGCUGCUUGUCCGAGGCGGGACAGGUCAGGGGACGGAUGCUGCCAGAGCCACUGUGUUCAUCGGCUCCCACUCCCACAGGGUCCAGGCGUUAGCCCUGUCCGACGGCAGCCUGCUGUGGGAGCGAGUCCUCGGGGACCGGAUCGAGGCCUCUGCUGCCGUGUCUCACUGCGGCACCCUGGUCAUUUUAGGUUGUUACGAUGGCUGCGUGUACUUCCUGUGCGCUGAAUCCGGAGAGACGCGGUGGACGUUUGAGACAGGAGACGCUGUGAAGAGCAGCCCGGCCGUGGAUCCUCACACCGGCCUGGUGAUAGUGGGCUCACAUGAUGGGCAUGUCUACGCCCUGAAUCCACAGGUUGGUCAGUGCAUUUGGAAGCGUCACUGCGGCGGCGGCGCUGUGUUUGCGUCACCUCGCCUCCACCCGGCCCACAGACGGCUGUACGUGGCGUCGCUGGGUGGACGCCUGCUCUGUCUCAACCUGGACACUGGAGACGUUCUGUGGUCUCACUGCAGAAACGUUCCCUUCUUCUCAUCUCCAAACUGCUGCUCCGAACACGUGGUGAUCGGCUCGGUGGACGGGAACAUCUGCUGCUUUGACAGCUCGGGGAAACGGCGCUGGCAGUUUCUGACGGAGGGUCCGGUCUUCUCCUCGCCCUGCUUCACCCCCGACCGGCAGCGCCUGCUCUGCGGCUCCCACGACGGCCGCCUGUACUGCCUGGACGGCUCGGACGGAGCGCUGCUGUGGAGCUUCCAGACCACGGGGAAAGUCUACGGCUCUCCCUGCGUGCUGGACGGCCCGGCGGCGGGACGGCGAGGCCUCUUGGUGGGCCUGGCGUCUACAGACGGCACCGUCUGGGUUCUGGAUGGACGGGACGGACGGAUGCUGGCCGCCCACAGGCUGCCUGGGGAGCUGUUCUCCUCGCCUGUGGCGUGGGGACGCUCGCUCGUGGUCGGCUGUCGAGACGAUUACGUAUAUUGCUUGAAGCUGCAACAUGAAGACAAUUAAAGAAUUUCUGAAGAGAUUUUGAUGUUCAACAGUGUUUCUGUGACAGAAACGAAUAGUGCUGUGAAAAUGUGGAUUCACCGCCGGGACUCAGGCCCCUCAGUCGGCUGGACCGAGGUGGGCCAUCGCCACGGCGGACAUCCUGGACUGACAAACAGAAAUCUGCCCUUUUCUGGCAGUAGUGACCAGACUGCAGAGAAUCAAUCAUCGAUAAUACACUGAACAAAAUGAAUGACAAUUUA